UCAUGUGAUUUGGUUGUCACGAACACUUGUCAUGAACAUGUCAGCUCGUCUCCUUCUCGUUUCAGCCCUUUUUCUGUUGGCUAAAGGACGUCAGUUGAGAUCCAAAGAAGAGACUUUGGAGAUGAUACAUUCUCUUCUUUCGUCUCCGCAAUCUCUGGCUCGCUACAGCGGCGGCCGCCCCUUGUCAUUCAGUUUUUCUGAUUGUGGCGGUAAGAACUCAACUCUCAUUGUACAAAAUCUCACUCUUGCCCCUGACCCUAUUGUUGUCCCGGGGAAUGUAACAGUGGGUGUAAAUGUCACUCUCAAGGAGAUGCUCAGCUCGCCUAUCAAAGUGGCUGUCACAAUAAAGAAAAAGAUUUUGGGACUUGUUAUUACAAUUCCAUGCGACAAAAACUUUGGAUCAUGCACUUAUGACGAUGCCUGCUCGAUAUUGGACAAAGUCAAGUGCCCACAGCAGUUCAUUCACAAUCAUCUUCACUGCAAAUGUCCUUUCAAGCCUGGCAACUACUCAUUGCCUGAAACUUCGAUUGGAAUUGCUCUGCCUUCAAAUUUGCCAUCAUUUCUUGCAGAUGGUGACUAUGACAUUGAAGCAAAGAUUUUUGACUCAAAGGGUGCUCAAGCUGGUUGUGUCCAUCUUGACCUUUCCUUGAAAGUGAAAUCCUAGAUGGCACAUGACGGUUAAAGUACCAAGACUAGUGUUGUAUUGCAGUAAGUAAGUUGUGUUAGAUGUUUUGCGGUAGUUAAAAGAAUAGUAUGUUAUGUGGUGUUGGAGAUUAACAUGAUAUGUUGCAACUAUUA